AUGGAUGCAGGCACUCAGCAGCAGCUACAGCAGCAGCAAUGUUGUGCGCAACCUGCGGCUCCGCAACAGCACCAGGGUCAGCAACAGCAGGCCCUACGCACCACAGCAGCAGCGCAGCAGGCAGCGGACGCGCUGCUUGGCAGCUCGAGCCUGCAUGGUCUGCUGGGCACCACCACGCGUUCGCCUGAGGACGGCGCUGCGGCAACGGGCGCUGCCCUGCCGCUGUUGCCUGACAAGGAGCUGGCGGAUCUAACCUUUGACUUUGGCAGCCUGCUGGGAGUGGGUGAUGCGGCGCCCAGCUGGCUUGGGCCCAGUGGACGCCCAGCGCAGCAGCCUGACCCAGCGCAGCAUCCUGACCAGCAGGCCAUCGGCGAUCGCCCGUUUGCCAGCCUGUUUGAUAACUAA